GCAUUAUGAUAAGUAGGCUUUGACAUAUGUUUGAGGUUUAAAAUCCGAAAUACUAAGUUUUAAACUAGCUGUAUUUGAACACACCCCUGACACGCUCUGUUAGCGGUCUGUUUGGUUUGAGCAGAUUAUUAGUUCAUGAACAUGGGAGACGACUUGGGUGACGAGUGGUGGAAACAGGGGAGUAAUUCAGAUGCAUCUGAAGCAGAAGAGAAGAAGCAGCCAGCAGAAAAAACGAGCAGUAAACCAGAGAAGAGGAAACGGACGACGGAGAAACCAGUCAAAGCCAAGAAGAAGAAAACUAAUGAGCAGAAUAAGCGUCUAAUCCCUCAAAAGAAAGAGGCGGAGGAGGAACAGUCAGCUAAACCCAAGAGGAAGAGGAGGAAAAAGAAAACAAUCACAGAAGUGUUGGCCACCUCCGAGCCAAAGCCAGGCUGUCCAGCUGACCUGCAGGAUCUGGUCAAACAGUACUUCUCAGACAAACGCUCCGUGAUCGAGCUGGAGGAGCUGAAACUACAGAACUCCUGUUUCCUGUCCAGUAAUGACUUGACGCACACCCUCUCCUCUUAUCUAAAGCAGAUUUGUCCCAAGUGGGCAAAGAUCCAAAAGCAACACACGGAAAAGAGCUCGGUGGUCAUCCUCAUCGUCUGCAGCUCGGCGCUUCGAGUCAUUGAGCUUAUUAAGCAGAUGACUACUUUCAAAGGUGAAGCCAAAGUGGUGAAACUUUUUGCAAAACACAUAAAGAUGGAGGAGCAGGUGAAGCUGCUGCAGAAAGGCAUCGCUCACAUAGGAGUUGGGACACCAGGCAGGAUCUGUGCUCUCAUUGAAAACGAGGGUUUGAAGUUGCAGGCUUUGCGGUACCUGGUUCUGGACUGGAACUGGAGGGACCAGAAACUCAGACGGAUGGUAGACAUUCCUGAGAUCAAACUGGACUUCAUGAAGCUGCUGGAGACGGGAAUCCUGACUGCCUGUAAAGAGGACAAAGUCAAAAUAGGACUAUUUUAACUUAACACUGUGGAUUUUCUGUGUCAAUGACACUGACAUUUCACAGAGGUUGCAGAGAAGCCGUUUCCUGUUUUUCUCUCCGUGUCAGUCUCACGCUGGCUUUCUUUUAUUUUUAAAGACUGUAGAACAUAUGCUUGUUUUUUUUAACUCUCGUAGUCCAGUCACAGUGUUGUGUGAAGGAUUGAAUAAACUGA